AUGAUGGAUGCAGACGAAGCCUUCAAGCCUAUUUUCCAGUUGGCAAAGGACUCCGCUGAUGCCAACCUGCCAACAAUUCGCACAGUGGUGAUGAAAGCACUCUCGGAUCCUCGUGUCUUCACUGGAUUUGAUGAAAUCAAGCAAGUUUUGCAACCAAAGCUCAGUACGCUUGGUAGCGAUGGAGAGAUUCUUUUGCGUUCCCUGGAUCUCUUUUCCUAUGGGACUCACGGUGACUACGUAUCUGCUGCCAAAGGUUCCUUGUUGCCCCUGACGGACACACAAAUCUUCAAGCUACGCCAGUUGACAUUGAUGACUUUGGUUCAUGGAUCAUGUGGCUAUGGAUCAGGGAAAACUGGGUGUGUCAUGAUUCCCUAUGCCACAAUGGCCAAGGAGCUUGGGUUCACUGAUGGACAGGCUGCUGCGCUGGAAGACACUGCAGUGUUGCGACAGGUUGAGGGAGUCGUCUUGGAGUGUGUCUAUGCCCGUGUUCUGGCAGGGCAGUUGUGUCAAAAAUCAAAGGCCUUGUUUGUCUCCUCUCGCAAUGGACCUCCUUGUCGUCCCCGGGAUGUGCCGUUGUCACGAGGGGCGGCUAUGCUGGAGAUCCUGUCCCAAUUUCAUGGAAAAUUGGAAAAAGGAAAGACGAUUCAAAGCCAAAUUCAACAAUCCCUUCAAAUGCAAUUUGAUUCCACUCGACUCUACCACAAGGGUGUCCAGGACAAGACUCGAAAAGCUGAAGCUUCAGGUUCGGGGUCCAUGACGAGUCCAGCAUUGAUCAUGGGUGGAGGUGGUUCUGUUCGGGGUUGGUCUGAGCGACAGGUGGACGAACGCCGUUCUAGUGUCAAGCGUAGCCGAGGUGGUGUGGGUGGGUCUAUGGAGGCUUUCAAUCGGUGCUAG